AUCAGGGGACUGAUCGAAAGGUUGUUGCCAGUAAGAAAAGAAAUGGAGAAGAUGCAACAAACACAAGAAGACCACCUUCAUCAGACCUUGCUGGACCUGAAGGUGAAAACCUCUGUUUUAGAGGUUCCACAGGUGGAGCGGGAAAAGAUGACCAGUAGGACCAUGGAGAUGGUCAACACGUAUGAUGACAACAUCAGAAACCUGACCUGGGGACCGGUCAAGACAUCGGACCAGGGAAGUCUUCCAGCUGUUGACGAGAUCAAAGAAGAACCAACUGAACAUGACUUGGUGUUGCAAGACUUCAACGCCCACUUGGUGAAUGCCGGGACGAACCCAGGCCAUCCGACAUUCUUUGGAUAUGUUUCGGGCGGCGGUGGAACAUAUCCCGCAUCCUUGGGAGCCUACAUUCCGGCCACGUUGGCUACAUACUCAGGGGUCCAUGGCCAUGGGAAGAUCACAGCAAUUGUUGAAAUGGAGAACAAGCUGAUCAAAUGGGUGGCAGACCUGUUCGGGUACCCCGCAGGGCAUGCUGGGAACAUCUCAUCAGGAGGUUCUCUCGCCACUCUCACCGCGUUAGCUGUCGCACGGGACAGCAGGGAGCUGAAAGCCGCAGACUUCCACAGAUGCGUGAUCUAUUGUAGCGAGCUCACCCAUUAUGCUCUAGAGAAGGGACUUCGAGCCGUUGGAAUGAGGGAAGCCAUUCUGAACACACUUCCAAUGGACCAGUCUUUUAAAAUGACAGCAGCAGCUCUUGAGAAGAAGAUCAAGAAAGAUAAGGAAGCCGGUUUGUUGCCCUUCCUGGUUGCGGCAACUUUGGGCACCACGCUGACCGGAAGUGUGGACCCUGUGAACGACAUCGCUGAUGUGUGUGACCGUCACCAACUCUGGCUCCACGUUGAUGCCGCGUAUGGAGGGUUCUUCGCUCUGUGUGACGAAAUAAAACAGCUGUUUGUUGGUGUGGAGCGGAGCGAUUCAAUCGUGGUUAAUCCACACAAAGGGUUGUUUGUAUCAUAUGGUGUAAGUGUUCUGGUGGUGAGAGAUGGAGAGAAGCUCCGGCAGUGUUGUUCUAUGGAGCAGACUCCCAGCUGCUUCAAGGGAUGUCAAGUGUUCACAGCUGAACAUCUGAAUCCAUCCGAACUUUCUUUUGAACUCACCAGGCCAUUCAGAGGUGCGCAGAUGUGGCUCCCACUGAAAGUGUUUGGUGUUGGAGUUUUCCGUGAGGCGCUGAAAGAGAAACUUCUACUGGCACGGUACUUCUUCGGGAAACUGAAAGGAACGGGUCAGUUCGAGCUACCACUGGAGCCGGAACUGUCCGUGGUCCUGUUCCGUGCUACAGCGCCACCUGGCGUCAACAUCAACAAUUUCAACCAACAGCUCCUGGACGGCCUGAAUUCUGACGGAAAAAUCUUCAUGACGCCCGCCGUACUUUCCGAUCAGUUUUACCUGCGUGUCUGUGUCCUGUGCUUCAGGACCCACAUUGAUCAUAUCGAUCUUUGCUUCUCUUUGAUCCAAGAGAAACGUCUGUAUCUUUGGGAGUCACUUCGUUGUGAUGCCUAAA